CUGAAGGAGGCGAGGAGGAAAACAGUGGCAGGGAGAGAGAGAGGGCAGAAGUUGGAUGGCGCUUCCCUUUGUCGCCUCGUCUCCGUGCUCACGAACAACGGCCAAGCUCACCCGUGAUCCGUGAAAUCGUACCGUCUGUCGCCGUUUCGCGUCCAAGUCAGUCCUUCGGAUUUCGUCUCACAAACGGUCCGCCCCCAUCCAGGACCCUGUGACCAAGAUGAUGGAGGAGUCAGUGACCACAUUUGAGACGCAUCUGACGGCCGUCAUGGACAGUCUGAUCCGAGCCUCGGUCUGUGAGAUCACCAAACUCUUCCAGGAGACGGUGAACGACUACCUGGUGGAGCUGUCCCUCAACAGGAAGGAGAACGAGGCACUCAAACUGCGGCUGAGGCUCACCGAGAACAAGCUGAGAACCGAGCGCAAGUACGGAAUGGGAUGGGCUGCCAACCGGCGCAACGCCGGGCUGGCGGCGGCCGCCGCGGCAGCGACGGAGGACGGAGCCGGAGGGCGACAGAAACGAAAAGUUGAGGGGGCCCGAGGCAAGUCAAAGAAGGGCCCAGCAGCAGCCUAUGGCAAAGGCUGGCCUGGAGGUGUGUGGGAGGAAGAAGGAGGUGGCGGCGGCGGCGGCAGUGGUGGUGGAGGAGGAGGAGGAAGUGGAGGAGCUGUGGGGAUGUUAGCAGGAGCAGGAGGAAGAGGGGGGAAGGAGGCCAGGGAGAUGUACCUCAUCCAGUUCCCUGGGGAUGAAGAGGAUGAGGGAGGGAUGGUGGAGGAUGAGGCAGGGGAGGGCAGCCUCAGCGGUGAGGGGGAGGAGACGGCCAACAUCAAAGAGGAGUUUUCUCAAACAGAGGGCUAUCAGCCCGCCUCUCUCCGGCUAAUCAAGGAGGCUUUGAAGAUGGAGCCGCCCAACCAGAACCUCCACACUGCCUCCAGAGCCCAAAGCGAAGGAGACCUCUCAGACCGUCCCCCAACUCUUCAUCCAGGAGAGAAAGAGGAGGAGGACUGGGAGGUGAGCUCAGCAGAGCCAUCGGAGGGGGGCAUGACCAUGGAUGAGCUGAGGGGUCUGGAGUCCGCACUCAGGGCUGAGAGAGGCCGCGAGCAGGCUGCGAUGACAGCUUCUGAGCCUGACUCAGAGGCGGUGCGAGGCAGCGAGAUCAGCUUGGCCCCCAAGUAUAUAGGUCUUGAUGGUAUGGAGCAGGACGGAGAGCUGGAGCCUCAGCCGCCCACACUGCAGAGAGAGGACCAGAUAGGGCAGGGCAGGGUGAAGGACAGUGUGAGGGCUGGAGGGGGAGGGGGAGGGGAGCUGAGGUUGUGCUGGUCAAAGAAGUUGCGAGAGGGCAACUCGGGCACGGUUAUGACUGGAGAGGAUGUGGCGGAGCAGGGAGAGUCAGAUCACCUACCCCACUUGUCUGCCCCUGGGAGUGCUGGGGACAGCGGAGGGGAAGAGGAGAGUUGCGGGGACCUGCUCCACUUCUGCCCACAGUGUGGAGGAGGCUUCACCUCAGAGGCUGAGCUGGAGGAGCACCCCUGUCCACUAGGAGGCGCCCAUUUACAGAGUGGUGGAGCAGAGGACGGUCUUUUCCCUUGUGCCCACUGUGGCAACACAUUCAGCCACGCCUGGGCCCUUAAGAACCACGAGUGUGCCUGCGCCGCCGAGCGGCCGCACUGCUGCGAGAUCUGCGGGAAGCGCUUCACACACUCGCGCUCGCUGGAACGGCAUCACCUCGUGCACACAGGCGAGAGGCCGCACCGGUGCCCGCAGUGUGGACGCAGCUUCAGUCGUCUUGGCAACUUGGAACGGCACCAGCGGAUCCACACAGGUGAACGCCCGUACGGGUGUGAAGCGUGUGGAAAACGCUUCAGUCGCGUGGAAUACUUAAAGAGACACCAACUCAUACACAACAGUGAAAAGGCAGCACUCCAGUGCUCCAACUGUGGGACAGGCUUUAGUGAUGUGGAGCAACUGAAAAACCACCAGUGUUUUUAGAGCCUCGCCCUCAAACCUCUGACAGAACUGGAAAGAAGAAAGAGCUGGUUUUUAAUCGAAUGUGGUAGAAUUUAGGUGAUGAAUGUGACCUUUUACAUUCUAGUUUUAUUCUCAGUGAUUUGGAGUUGGCCUUUCUUACACUCUGACAGGUUGAAAAGUUAAAUUGACGUGAAGGUAAAGGAGCAGAUACACGUGUGUGGAUGAUGAAUUUGGUUGAGCAGAUAAAGAGGGCAAACGGUCAAAGCUGAGAGGAGGAUAACUGUAUAUGUUUCUCUGUAGGAGGAGAAAUAAAAUCAUUCUCAGACCGUCCAGCCAUUUUAAUUGGAGGUGUUCACAUUUGUAUGUACAAAGCUUGUACUUAUUUAUGAUGAUGAUUAAAUUGUAAAUUUCUAUCUUUUUAUCAGCAAUUCACUCAUGUUAAAUCUGAGAUAAGACCUUGUUUUUUCUCUGACAAUAUAACUGACAGCUUGGUGUUUUGUAUGUUUGUGUUUUGAUCAUAUCAUCGAGAAAUAAAUAUUUCAAUUCAUCAGAAGACU